CAACUAUUGUUAUGCAUUGCUGGGGAAUUACUAAAUAAAUUAACAUUUUCAGAGAGUAAUUUACAUUUAUCUGGAAUGCUCUACUUGAGUUGCAUAAGAUUGAUUACAUUUUAAAACCGAUUAAUAGUAGUAUUUUCCACUCAACAAGUAGAAUGAAUCCAGAUCAUACUUAUAUUUAGAUAUUUUCUCAAAGUGUAUUCCCUAGCAAUUAAAGACAACUGCGUUAAUCAGUGAGGUUUUUGCCCUGUCCCACAACCUCUCUCUCUUAGAUAGAGUUCAAUCUGACGACCGCAGAAUUAACAACACUUUGUCACUUUAACAGGCAGUUAAUGAACAUUUAGCGGGUAUUCCGGACCAACAUCGUCGAGCCAUUGCAGGCCAGGCUAAUAAUUACAAUACGCUCAAAAGACAACCGACUUAUAAACAUGGCACAGCGUAUGUAAAUAAGUAUUGGAUAUGAAAAACCUGAAUUAUCAUUAAACGAUCAGGUUUAUGGCUGGUGUUGAGCGUUGAUGAUGAUGCGCACAAAAGCAACUCAAAAUCUGAGUGAGUAAGGGAGCAGCAGAUAAAAAACCCCGACAUGGGGCGACAUUGUCCAAGUAUUAAUUGUGCGGAAUAAAGUGAGUUGGCCCGCAAGAUUUAGUCGAUUUUGUGCGGCUAAAGAGCGCGGUUCAAGCGAAACGUUCAAGAAAGAUUAACUAUAGGUAAAAAGUGGAAUAGACCAAGGGAUUCUAAAUACCAGUAUGUUAGCCUCGAUUCCCGCCCGUCUGGCGCUGUUCGCCGUGAUAAGCUCACAGAGUCUGCUCCAGCUCCAGGCUGCUCCGUUCCCAGGAAUCGAGAAUGCUGCCUUCACCAGCCAAGAUUUAUUGGCCGAGGAAUCGGAGUCCGUUUUUAGCCAAGUUCAGGUCCAGCACAAUCGGCAUCGUCGCCAUCAUGGUGACGGCAAUUACCACGGACACAGGCACCACAAGCGGCAUUGGGAUCACCAUUUUCCGGGUCCGGACUGCCAUCACCCGGGCGGUUUUGGAUUUGAACAUCCACCGCAUGGACCGCCUCCCUAUGGUCCACAUUCACAUCACAGAUUCGAGCCACAUGGCUUCGAACCAUUUCGGAAUACGUUUGGGGCACCGGAAUAUGAGGGACACCAGCGACCCUUUAACGCGCACUUGGAACCGUUUAAAGAUGACAAAGGGGGAUCUCAAGGAGAACCCACUCAGCCCAGCACUAGCAGCGUAGCUCCACCACCUGCUGCUCCAUCCAGUUCCCCCUCAACGUCGAGCACCACCACUAGAACCACCUCUACCACCACCACCACUACCACCACAUCAGCACCCAUUCCAUCCAGCACCGAAGACGACACCUUGGCCAUCGACAUACGCAUUGGCUGACGACCUAGACUUAAGCCUCGAUUCUAUUUUUGAUAUCUUGUGACAUUAAAGUUGGUACCUAAACCACAA